UUUGGACAGGCAACGGCAGCACCAGCAACAGAGGUCAAGCCAUCACCGUUUGGACAGAAUACGGCAGCACCAGCAACAGAGGUCAAGCCAUCACCAUUUGGACAGGCGAAUGCGGCAAUGGGGGGCGGUGUCUUACCCUCGGGUUCCUUAGUAGGAGAAGGUCGUGAAUCGUUGUCCGUGUUUAAUAAGUCGGCUUUCGGCGGGAGUGCAUUCGCUUCUCAAGGAGGAGCGUUUGGAUCAAACCCUAAUGUUGUUUCUUCUGCAUUCGGUAAGUCGAAUUCUUCUGGUGGAAGUGGUUUUGGUAGUGUUCCUUCUUGCUCUACUGCUGGCGAAGGGGUUGGUGGUGGAAGUGCUUUUGUUUGUCAAGGUUCUGCGUUUGGAUCUACAUUGACGGGGGGAGAAAGUGCCUUCGGAAAGUCUAGUGCAUUUAGCCGGACCGGUUUUGCUGCUGAUGGAAGAACGGCAGUCGGAGGUGCUUUUGGUAUCUCUGGUGGAACUGCGUUUGGUGCACCGUUGGCUGGUAACUCUGCAGCACCAAGUGCUUUUGCGAAUAGUAGUUCCGCUUUUCAGUCUUCGUCACUUUCAAGCAUAGCAGGAAACUAUAAGGCCACCCCACAGUUUAAGAGUGUUUUCGGAGCCCGCUAG